UUCUUGUUUAGAAGCAUCACAUCCAGCUGAAGUGAAAACUUGACAUAAGGCGAUGGCCUUAUAAAUGUCUUAUGAAUAAAAAUAUAAAUCUUAUAAAUGUAUUUUGAUUUAGGGGGGUAAACAGGAUACUACUUUUAAAAGUGGCAGAAACUAUGUUGUCAUGUAGCGUCAUUUCUGUCAGUUACCACAACUGUUGAGUCAAGUCACAAAGUUUCCUGUUCCACUGUUUGCCCUCGCAGACUAACCUCACCUCAUUCCACACAGAUAACCAGCUCAGAGAGGAACUCUUGCUGCUUGACUACAAUAUUUUAUAAAGGACGCAGAAAGAUUUCUUUUCUCAUCAUGAACACAUCAAACAUCACUAACGUGACAACAGAAGACAAGGUUUAUGCUGGGAUCUUUAGCUUAAUUAUGGUGAUAGGUCUGCCUCUCAAUGCGAUCUCACUGUGGAUUCUUCUUCGCCGCCACAGCCUCAAAUCACCCAACGCUGUUUUCAUGGUUAAUCUGGCACUCUCAGACCUGCUGCUGGUCUUCACUUUGCCCAUGAGGAUCCACUUUCACACCACAGGGGAAUGGACUCUGCCCAAGGGAGUGUGCCUCAUCAUCACAAUGUUCUUUCGCACCAACAUCCGCUCCAGCGCCUCCUUCAUCACCUUCAUAAGCGUGGACCGACUGCUGGCUGUGGUUUAUCCUCUGAGGUCUCGCCAUCUUCGGACCUCGUGCAAUGCCUGGAAAGGAGCAGCACUCAUCUGGGGAGUUUUCCUGGUGGUAAAUAUCCCAGAGGCCAUAGGAUUUUUAAAACACUUACAGAACCACACAGAACACAGUUGUUUUGAAUCUCAUGAAUAUAAAAGUGUAACACGAUCAGCAAUUAUUUACCUUCAGAUUGUGUUACUGGUCACAAUGCUAGCAGUCAACAUUGUGUGCACCGUUAUGGUUUCCUGGACUCUACACAACCAUCUCAGUGACUCUGCAAAGGUCAGAAACAAGGUCAACGUAAUGCUGAUUUUUGCCAUCAACUUGGUUAUAUUCUGCACAUGUUUUCUGCCUGUGCCACUACACUUAGCUACAAAAAGCAAUACCAGAAUAACUCCACUGGCAUGUCUGACUGUUUUGAGCUGCUGUCUGGAUCCUCUGAUGUAUUAUUUUUCUUUUGACUCCUUCUGGAAGAAAAAAGAGGACGUGGGAAGAGAACUAUAGAUUAGGGACCUGCUAGAGUUGCUAUCAGAUGUCCCAUGAUACAUGCCAGUUUUUUCCACAGAGUAUCCUGUUUGUGCAUGAGAUUCUUUAGUUCAACCACAUGCACAGUUUUCAGCAGUUAACCAUCAAUAUUCAUCUCUUCAGUGACAUUUGUGUCAAAGCCAGAAA